CACCGCAAGCAGGUGUGAAGAAAAUUACUUUAAAAUCAUCAAUUAAUACAUAAAUAUCAAUUAAAAAUGGCUGCGAAAGUUUCAUCAGGCAAUAAUAAAGUCUUCCAAGCGGACGAUGUGCACAUCUCAUUUGAAGACCAACAGAAAAUCAAUCGUUUUGCAAAGCACAAUGCCCGUAUGGAUGAUCUCAAAAUGGAAUUGGACAUGAAAAAGAACGAUUUAAAGAGUGUCGAGGAGGCACUGGAUGAAAUCGAGCUUUUCGACGAAGACGAAGAAAUACCAUUCUUGUUUGGUGAAGUUUUUCUCACACACAAAUUGACAAAAACACAGGAAUUAUUGGCUGAGGUUAAAGAGCAAACAUUAAAGGAAAUUGCGGCAAUUGAAGUGAAAGCUAACGAAAUCAAAGCCGAAAUGAAUGAAUUAAAAUCACAUUUAUAUCAACGUUUUGGCAGCAAUAUUUCGUUAGAGAGCGAGGAUUAGCUUGUGUAAAAUUGUAACAGUCAAAAAUUAGUAAGCAACUAAUAUUGAUUCAAAGUAA